AUGGCAUUCAAGGACACCGGAAAGACACUUGUGGAGCCCGAAGUGACCAUUCACCGGAUCUAUAUCACCCUCACCAGCCGCAAUGUGAAGUCCCUCGAGAAGGUGUAUGCUGACCUGAUUAGAGGAGUCAAAGAAAAGAACUUGAAAGUGAAGAGACCUGUUCGAAUGCCUACUAAGACACUUCGAAUUACAACUAGAAAAACUCCUUGCGGUGAAGGUUCUAAGACUUGGGAUCGAUUCCAGAUGAGAAUUCACAAACAUCUUAUUGAUUUGUAUAGUCCUUCUGAAAUUAUGAAGCAGAUUACUUCUAUCAGCAUCGAACCAGGGGUAGAAGUUGAAGUCACCAUUGCAGAUGCCUAA